CACUCUCGCACACACACCCUCCAAUGCACGCUUGCUACCUGCUCAGUUCUCAGCCGCCGUGCGUGGGCGUGUAGUCCUCUCCGUACCAAAUCACCGGCACUCUGGCAACAAGAAAACCAGUUGGUCUCUCACCCCUCAGGACUGAAAUGUGCUUCGUCUCCUGUGAUUGAUGCCUAAUUCUGUGUGAAGCUGCCGACGGGAGCACGCGGGGGGAAAAAGGAGUGCUCUGACUCCCAACCCCGACCCAGACCCCCCGUCCCAAAAAGCAGCAGAUGUGAAAGGAGAGGAGAGGCGGAGAAAGAGAAACAAAAUCUCCCCAGCCCCUCCUUCCCUCAUCUGGGAGAACAAUACCCAGCCUCCAGUUGGAGAGGGUCAGCUUUUGUCCCUCUCCCCACGCUCCCGCUCAAGAGCAGGAGCAGACAGACGCGCUGACACAUUGACCUGCUGCUGUGAGAGGAGACGGUGUACAACAGACGCUGCACACUGCAUGGUUUGAUUCAGUACUUGGACAGCUCCUGAGUAACAACCAGUGGGACCCGUGUAUUUCCAUGAGUGAGUAGAGACUGCUGCCUAUUUUGGUUUGGAGACCAAGAGCUACACAUGCAGCCCCCGUGUUCGCUCCAGCUCGGCCCCUGUGGCCCCUCUCCCUCCCUGGGAUCGCAGGGAAACACAGGCAGCCUCCAGCAGCUGGAAGAAAAGCAGCUCUUUGAGAAGUUUUGGAAGGGCACUUUCAAGGCUGUGGCCACCCCAAGACCAGAGAGCGUCAUUGUGGCCAGCAUCACCGCCCGCAGGAGGGUGACUGACUCAGAAACAACAGCCUGCCAGCUGCUCAAGACUGAUGAGAGGAAAGUGGCAGACACCAGGGUGGACACUGCCGACAGAAAUGGCUGCAUCAAAGGAAAAGGACGCAAACACCACAGUCAUCGCAGGGUCAGGAGCCCCUCCUUUGAUGAGCAGCUCUCCCCUCGGCCCAAGGGGAAGAAGAAGAAGAGGAAAUCCGAUCGGAAGAGGAAAAGGAAAAGGUCUCAUUCCCACAGCCUGUCACCACUGAGGAAGAAGAAAAAGAAGAAGAAGAAGAGCUCCAAGAAAAGCAAGCGGCAUAGGUAUACCUCCAAGAAGUCAAAACACAGCUCCUCAAGUUUAAAACAUAAGAGGAAGGAUGAGCGCAAGCACAAGAAAAGUUCCCGGACUCACUCGCGGCGGAGACGACGCUAUCGGAGGUCAGAGUCGGACAGUUCUUCCUGCCAAUCUUCCACAGAGGACAGAAACCAUCUGCAAAAAUCUGUGGUACAUCAGGCAUUAGGAGACCUGGCAGCUGUAGGGGAGGAGACCGACGGAGUGCUCCAACACACGGACAUGAAGUGGAGACCCGCAACCAAAUCAGUGUGUAAAACGGCUCCAAAAUAUCGCUCCAUCCUCUCAACCGGCACCAUUUUGUCGUCAAAACCUGGAAGCGAGCUCUUGCACGGAAAUGGGUCUCAGCAUUUAUCGGGCCAGACCGAAGGUCCGCACGAUUACGAUUCUGGGAAUGACACGUCUUCACCGCCAUCGAGCAAAACUGGUGUUUCUCGGGCGAGUGUCACUGACAACAAGAGGAACCACUGUCAACGUCUGGCCUCUCCUGAGAAGCUGAAGUUCACUGACAGAGACAAUGCCUCAGAUUCAGGAAAUUCUGUCACCAGCUACGCUUCCUUAUGCAAACCUUAUGGGGAGGACAGCUUGUCUGCAACCCUUUUCAGUGGAAACAGCAAGAGAGAGCAGAUAACUUUGGGGUGUCGAGUAGAGGUUGUGAAACCUCCAAAGACGUCCAGCUGUUCACAGAGGAUGAGCGAGUCAUCUCGAAGGCGACAGAGAACCCGUUCGUUUAGCAGCAGGAGCAGGAGCAGAUCCUCAGGGAGCUCCAGAUACUCCGGACGCUACUCUCGAAGCCCGUCGCUGUCGUCUUGCAGCUCGUACUCGCGCUCUCCGAGUUAUUCAGCUGACCUGAGGCGACGAGGCAGCGUGGCAAGCCUGAGCUCCAGAGGAAGCUACUCCAGAUACAGUGCUGACAGACUACGAGACAGAAAGAGAGCACCUAGCUACAAAGAGACAGAUGUGAAGCAUGCACAUAAGGUUAGUGGGAAGAGACGAAGACGCAAAUCCUACUCUCCUAUGAAGAAAAGGAGAAGAGACUCGCCAAGCCAUCUGGAAGCACGCCGAAUCACAAGUGCCAGGAAGCGACCCAUCCCUUACUUCCGACCUAGUCCUUCCUCUACCAGUCGGUCCACCAGCGUGUCAUCCUGGAGCAGCCUCUUCACCCGCAGCCGCAGUCGCAGCCCGAUCCACAGCAUCAGCCGGAGCAGGAGCCGGAGCUGGAGCCGCAGCCGCAGCCGGAGCCGGAGCCACAGUUACUCCUCCUACAGGAGCUACAGUCGCAGUUCGUCCUGGAACUCAAUCUUUGGGACGCGUAGUCGCAGCAGGAGUCGCGGUUCGUUGAACAAACGCAACAAAACCAGGCAUUAGGUUUCCUAGAGAACAUUAAGGGACUGAAGCGCCAGUCUUGUUUUCCCACUUGAGAACGAGGACAGUGGAUGUUGGAGCAAUCGACUGUGUGCGUCUCCGUGCUCCACUUUGACGCUUGAGUGGAAAUGUCCCAGCAGGGGUCCGACCAUGAGGCAGUCCUGUUCGCUCUGCCCACAGAGACAACUGGAGACUGAAUGUCCUUUUGUUUGUUUGUUUUGUUCUUGUACUGCAUCCUCUUGCAUCAGCACUCACUAUGGCCUGCGACUGUUCAUCUCUUAGAUACUUACAGUAGAAACUGCACAUAACAAAGACUUUUUUUAGCCUGUGCACAUCCCAUUAAAUUAUUCUUUUAAAUUACUGCUUUGAAAUGAUAAACUUUCUAUUUAUUUUAAUAUUGAUGGUUCUCUAAAAUGGUACAUAACAAGGUGUAAUGAUAAUGAGACACCCCAACAAGGGUGGAAAUGACUUAAAUCUGACAUUUAACAGGACAUCAGACCUUUACUGUCUCAUGUCAGGUAUGUAUGUCCUAGGUUUUGCACCAAGAAGUGAGGUAUUGAAGUGACAUUUGAGCCACUUCAUCCAACUGUUUACAAAUGGCUUCAGAGGGAUCGUUAUCAGGAAUAAGAAAAAAGGUUUAUUGUUCUGAUGUCGCCACUUCACAAGGUGGAGAACAAACGUGUUUCCACUGAAAAAUGAAUCAGAGAGGUUGGCCUGACGGCGAGCAAACUGCCUGUCAGCUCAAAUGUCAAAUUAAUUUAUCCUCUGAUCAAGUGGAAAACAAUUGAAAUGUCAGUCCAUGUAAUACAACAGAGAGCAAUCAUAACAUUGUGCAGGGACAGAGGAGGUGUUUUUCACUCGACAACUUGUGGCAAACAAAACAUGUAAUGAAUUUGUUUUGGGAAAAGGAUAUUUAAAGGUAAAGAUAAUGUACAUUUUAUCUAUUUCAAAGCUUAAAUUAACAUCUUGUAUCAGGUACAAGUAUCAGUCUGAUUUUUGUUUAUUUGAUUUUUGUAAAGCACAGGAAGAAAAAGCUGUACCUCAUUUGGUUGCAACAUGUUGAAAAUAAGCUUAUGAACAGCAUUAAUUCUCAAUUUACUUGAAUAAUGUUUUCUUGCUACCAACUCAUAUAUCAACUGUGUUUUUGCUCUUGAUCACAAUGGAAGGUCAAGUUCUGAAUUGUGCAGCACCAUACAUAUUUAUUACUUAUUUAAUAUUUAUUGGUUUGUUGUCCCUCUCGGUAGUGGUCAGUCUUUCUAUGCAACACUGUCAGUUUAUAGUUGUUAUGACACUGCUGUCGUUUAUUUUUGGUUUGUUGUAAAUUAUUCCUUUUGGUUUUGGCUCCUAACUCACACAUAAACCUCAAAGCAGAUGUUCAAAAGACUGGAGUGGCAGAACAGAUCCUUCCUGUCUGACUGGUGUUUUAAAUGCUUUUGUGAAAAGCAAAACUUCAGUGGUUUUGGGAAAUAUCUUCAUUUUCUUUCUUGCUGAGAGAUUUAGAUGAGAAGAUUAAUUCCACUCAUGUCUGUUUUCUAAAUAUGAAGCUACAGAGAGCAGCCAGUUAGCUUUAAAGCUUAACACCACUGAAAUCUGCUGUUACACUUAGUUUGAAUCAACAAGUUGUGGUUUUGCAGGUUUUCUGUCAGACACACAAAACAACAGCUUGACAUCUUUACUCCUCAGUUUUGGUUUUUCAGCAAACAACAUAUAAUGUGUUGAUUAGUGAGAUGUUGCUAGGUGGAUUUUGUUACUUUGUGGCAGAGCCAGGUUGCCUCUUUACCCCGUCUCCAUUCUUUUUGUUAAGUCAACCAGCUGCUGAUCAUAACUUCACAUUUAUCUCACAGGCACGAGAGUGGCAUCGAUCUUUUCAUUUAAUUCUGCGAAGGAGCAAAUAAGCAUAUUUCCCAAAAUGUCAAACCACUUCUUUAAAUUUAAUUUCGAGGCUGCUUUGACUCCAGAGUUUUAAUCUGCCAAAAGUUUGAAACUGCCUCUCCAUAUAAUUAAGAGAGUUAUAUUUCUCAAUCAUUUCAAAUCCAUCAUCCUGUCUGUAUUAACUGCUCCAGGCCUGACAGACUGCUCUCUAUGCACUCAAUACUCUCAGCUUAUUUCCCUGAAUGUCAACUAAAUUGGACGAAUGAGGGAAAUAUGAUGCCGGAAGAGGAAGAAACUUGGCACAAAAGUCCUCCAUAAACUACAAACUGACGACGACUCGUGUCAAGCGGCAGUGACGAGGUGCCAGCGGAUGAUUUGUGCAGUCAUGUUGAUAAUCUCCCUAGAUGGGCACCCAGGCCAACCCCUCCUUUCACAAUGUAAAGUUUGCAUCAGUUCUUGUGCAAAGUAAUUUUAAAUAUGUAAUUACUGUGGUGUAAAUAUGCAUCUGCAUUGUAUAAAUCAUACAAAAGGUGGUAUUAUAUGAUUUACAGAAUGUGAUUUGGCCUUUGUUGGAUGUUAAAAUGUUGGUAUGGAUAUGAUGCAUUGACCAGUGAAGUAGGAAAAUAAGACAAAAUGCCAGGUAGGCAUCAAUCAGUGGACUCUAGAUGUCUUUGUGUGUAAGAUCCCUCUGAUCGUGUCUUUUGUUAUUUUUGAAAAACUCCAAUAAGAAGGUCAUAUAGCAAUAGUGAUCCAGUGUUUCAGUGUUAAAUUAUGCCUACUCUGCCCUUUUCCCAUGUGAAGGCGCAUAUUGCAAAAGCAUAUGUUUUUCAUACUGUCACAUUUUAUCUUGUGUCAGUGUGAACUCCACAUCGUAAUAAUGUGUCACCUGGAAAUUGAAUCGUCCCCGCCAUAACCCCAUGAAAUCAACUUCCCCUUUCACUGCGUGUUCAGAAUAAGCUAUAUAAAAUCAUGUUCUGAAUAAAACGCCUCCGCAGUCUUUCUUUUAUGUUCCGGAAACAGAUGAAAAACACACUUAUUUACCACAGUAAACAGAGGUCGUCUUCACAAAGCUGACUUCUUAGCUGUUUUGUUUUAUCCGUACUGUGACAUCAGCGUGUUUGACACGAAGCUCUGCGUUAUUUUCUAUUAAAAAGCCGGUGAGUCACCCAGAGGAGGGGGCCCCAACUGUGUUAUGAGUGACAUGUGGACAGUAACUUAAUUUGGUAAAAAGGGAGGCCGGUCUUUGGUCAGCUGUUGCACCUACACUGUAAAUAAUAUCCACAUCAGCAAGUCAUUUAACUGUCAUUUAAACCUUAUGAUGUGUUUUGACCUGAAUACAAAGCAGAAAUGUUUCAUUUAAAGUGGAGCAAGUCAGUCUACUAUCACAUUCCUUCCACUGUGAAGAUUUGAAGGUUUACUAUUGCCUCUGACGUGGGUCAUUUUUUGCAGUGUGAUCGUUCUCCAGAUCCUCCCAGCACUUUCCCGACACUUGCUCUGUGCGACUCACCGUCUGGAAGCCGAGCGCAGUAUAAAACCCACAGCCAGGAGGAAUUAGACCAGUUCACUUGAGGGUCUAAGAAGCUUGAUGUCCGCUCCGGAGUUUGUUGUUGGAUCAACAGGUGACUGAUUGCGUAACGGUGAUGCGCGUAAUCCAAAAGAGAUAAAGUUUUACCACGCAGGCGCAGGAAACUUCUGACUUAAAAAGAAAAAAAAAAAAAACUUUUGUUUGAGGGUUGUUUUGGUACCAAAAGCUGAACUCUUUCUG